UGCAGUCUUAUAAUUUGUUUAUAUUUCAGGAUAGUAUACAGCUGUAGGACAAUCUUAUAAUAUUAACCAGAUUAUAACAAUCACGUUGAGUUGCAAUGUCUUAUGACUAUGAGAAUUAUGAGGAGCCCUUGGCUGGGGGCAACAAUGUGGAGUUUUCUGAGAAGUCUAUUCGGAUGGCGUUUAUCAAGAAAGUCAUGCUGAUUUUGAUGGCUCAGCUGACUGUUACAUUUGGCAUCAUUGCUAUCUUCACCCUGGUCAACGAGGUGCAGCAAUAUGCAAAGCAGACUCCUGGACUGUUCUGGGGUGCUUUUGUGCUCAGCAUUGUGUGCCUCAUAAGCCUGGCAUGCUGUGGCAACCUGAGACGGCGACAUCCUCAUAACAUCAUCUUCUUGGGAGUCUUCACAGUUUGUGAAGGAUUUGUGCUGGGCUGCGCAAGUGCAAGCUUCACCACAAAUGAGAUCAUGAUGGCUGUUGGCAUAUGUGUGGUUGUCACGCUGGCCCUCACCCUGUUUGCUUUCCAGACCAAGAUCGACUUCACCAUGAUGGGAGGCUUCCUGUUUGUGGGCCUGAUUGUGCUCAUGCUCUUUGGGAUCCUGACCAUAUUCUUUCAUAAUCAGAUAACCAACCUUAUUUACUCGAGUCUGGGAGCGUUGCUGUUCAGUUUCUACCUGGUGUUCGACAUCCAACUCAUGAUCGGAGGGAACCACAAGUACUCCAUCUCCCCUGAAGAAUACGUCUUUGCAGCCCUCAACAUCUAUCUGGACGUGGUCAACCUCUUCAUAUACAUCCUCUCCAUCAUCGGCAACGCGAGGAACUGAAGAGUUUCACUGCUUAUUAGAAUGAUCUUCAUUUCGAGUAUUUAGUUAUCUUGUGCUUUCAGAUCGUUUUCAUUAUUUUUAAGAUAUUUUUCCUUGUUUUAUAUCACUUUUACUUCUCGUUUUUCGGUUGAUUUACAAGCCUGAUGAGGAUUGAGGAUAGUUUGUUCAAAAACUAUUUACAUUUGACGACAAGACAGUUUUACCAGCAUUUCCAGUAGUAGAAUGUAUCGAUUACUGGAUCAAAGAUUCUAACCUACUUUUUCACAGUUUUUUUCAAGUUCAUCUAAUGUACGUACCAGACUAAUUAUAUAUACUUUUUACAAAACGAUAAUGUUUUGAUAAUGUUAUGUCAUUCAGCUUUCUAAUACAUCAAAACAAUUUGCCAUCAUCACCAAUUCAUCUCAGGCUGUAAGGAAAACAAUAAUCCAUUAUUUUAUUUUUUCAUUAAGUGAAUCAAUCUUGACCACAUACACCUAGCAAUGUUGUCACGAACUUCACACGACUUCCGUUAUAGUUCUUAGUUGUCAACCACUUGAAGCUUUUCCGUUUGACCAAUAUUUAUAUGUGUGGCCAAGAUUACAGGAAUCAUUGUAGUGCUGUACUUAUUGGCUGAUAUUAGAAAUUCAACGCUUCUAAAAUAUGCUGAAGUGAUAUGUAGGUUAAUGUUGUUUAUACUAAGUUAUACAAGCAGCUGUGAAUCAAUCUAUAGAAGAAAAAAACAUUUCCAAAUUUCGUUCGCGUUAAAAUGUUUCUUUGACGCGUCUCCAGAACUUGUUUAUAGUUCACUAGGACCUUGGUCUUCAUUACUCUACCACCUGCUACCCCGUUGCUUUCACGUGCGCUUCGGUUGCUCGGUACUUAUAUCCUACAACGAAAUACAAAUGUCAACUGACAUAAAUUUUGUUUGUGCGAAUAAAGCGUGUUGCUAAGCGGUAAGUUGCGAUAGAUUUUUGUUGUAGAUGUUUGCUAUCGAAGCCCGAUUCUGUAUAGAACGUGCUUUGCAUAGAAUCGGAGAAGCUUCUACUAGCUGUAAUAUUCUGAACUUCAAUCGUUGAGAGACCACUGCACACAAUCACGGUCUGUGUAGAAAAUUCAUCUUGCCCUCUAAGAUAUCAACGUUGAGCUUACCUGCAAUAGCAGUUUAGAUGUCCUGUUAACACGAACUAAAAUUCGAGAGAUAGUUUUACGCCAGCUGAAUGUGUUCUCCUAGGCAGCUAAAGGGUGAACUUCAAUUUUAGCAUAUUGGUGUCAAUGAACUUGAUAAAAGCAAGCACUUGUGCACAUUUUAGCGCUCAUAUUAUGGAACAGUAUAUACGUACUUGUUUACCGUAACUUGGAGUGUGCCUUGCGUUGAAAUGGAUUCUUGAAUUUUCAAGGCAAAAAACUCUCCUAAAUAUCUAAAAAAUAUUUUUUUAAUUUUUCCAGAAAUAUCUUUAAUUAAUGGCUAAUACUUUUUAUGACUGGGAUUGAUGCUUCUAUGAUUUUUGGGCAUUUUUGACGACGUGCGCCCGUCAACCUUGACGACUAUUGUAUUGUGAUUACGUCUCCAUUGAAGGCAGGAAUCUUUCAACUUGCAUUGCUCAGCUUGAUAUUCGGACGAAGCAUAGUUGGCCUUAAUUUUAUUGCCCUACCAUAAAGCUGCCUAUGUAAGCACGCAAUCUCAGAACAGAGUGUCCAGGUUAGGUGGUAGAAAUGUCUUUGGAUUGCUGCAGUUGCAGCUUUUUAAUAGUGUCCAAUGAAUUAAUUCGUACUUAUUCGGGGACGGUGGUCUAGGAGUCAUCUUCUCAAGUGCAGUGCAUUUGGUAGUACGCAUGAUGUGCACGGUUUGCAGAAAUGUACUAAACUUGAAUCGAGAAUACUACCACGCAUAGUUGAUGAUGGUCUAGCUGGACUGAUCGCCCUGGUGAAUUGAAUGUAUUCAAUGUGGUUCUAUUGCAUCGAUCGUAAUGCCAUUCCUUCAAUAGUACUUCUUCAGUGGUAAUGACACGCUUAAUCUAAAUACUUCUAAUGAUUAGAAGUAUUUACCAUGCGUGCAACACGUGCAAUCUCGAGUUUAGCUUCAAAAGUUAUUCAUAAAACUCCUUUGAAGGAUAGGGCAUUUUUCUUGCUUUUUCAGAUUGGCUUUUAUGUUCUUCAAGUUGUUUUAAUUUUGCGUUUUACCGCGAACUUGCCAGUCGACAAGAUUGCGCAUUAUUGUUUUGUUCGUCCCAUGUGUUCGGCGGUAUUUACUUUCCGAAGUUUUCUGAGCUUUUAUGACUUAAUGUCUUUCUAGAGCAUUAUUUCUGUAUGAAAUGUGCACCUGCUGGAAUUGCUCUCGUUUCCUACGGAUUUUUUGUUGGUAAAGCAAACGCCUUGAUGCGUGGAAUAAAGCGCGCUUGCUUUUUUAAUGUAGACAUAUUUAGAUACACUAUUUAUUAGCAAGUAAUAAUGUGCUUAAAUAUAUUAGUUCUUGUAAAA